AUGGAUCCCUUCACAGAUUUUUCUCCAGAGGACAUAGAAGCUACUUUAGGUGAUAAUUGUGAACUAGACUAUUUUUUAGAAGAAAAGGAUUUGUUCCCAGCCUUUCUAGAUCAGCUUUUUUCUGGCAAUUCUUUCUUCACUCCUGAAAACCUUUCCAGUCCUUGUAAGUCUUCUUCUUCAGGUGUCGACCGUAUUGAUGAUAAACUCCCUUUAUCAUGUAUGCCUGAACAACUUAAUGAUAAAUCACCAUGUACAUCAAAUCACAAGAAUAAGAUCCCUAGUUUAGCAGCAAGGAGAUUGCAAUAUAAGAAGAAUUUGCUAGCGGAGAAGAGGCGGCGAGAGACUCUUAACAAGCAAUUCAUUGCCCUAUCUACAAUUCUUCCUGGCAUCACAAAGACCGACAGAAUUUCAAUCAUGGGAGAAGCUCUCAAAUACAUCAAUCAGCUGAAAGAAGAGAACAACAAAUUAAAGCAAUAUAAUCCAAAUCAAGCUGUGGUUGUGAAGAAGUCACAGGUUCAUGAGGAACAACACAGUUGUUCUAUCAGUAAAAGUUCUUCUGUUUGCUCUGACGAACAGCUUCCUGAGAUUGAAGUCAGAAUGUAUGAAAAGAAAAUCCUUCUGACAAUUAGAUGUGAGAAAGAGAAAGAUGUCCUUGCAAACAUACUUUCUGAGAUUGAAAAGCUCAACUUGACUGUAAUUAGUGGUAACAUCAUGCCAUUUGUGGGAAUAACUUACGAGAUUAUCAUUGUUGCAGAGGUAAUCCCAGUUUACAAUCCAAUGAUUAAAGGUCUGUGUUCAAUCCUUAUAUUGAGAAAAGAAAAAAGGUCUCAUGAGAAAACUGGAGGAAUAAAAAAGGUCUUUGUUCACCGUAGAACUGCUGUAUGUUCUUCACUUAUAAUGUUAUAUUGA